AUGAACAAGAAUAAACGACGACGAAUAAACUUCGUAAUAAACUUCGUUACGCAGAAAGGUUCAAGUAAAAUUUCUCCGCGCACAUUUGGGGUGCACAUUUCUUACUCAUAUAUAUAUAUAUUCGCUCGGCUGAGAAAAGAAAUCAGGAAAUACCAUCGCGUGGUGGUUCUAACUCUAACGCAAGUAUUGCCGCGUUAUCGCCAGGGUGUGCAGGCCUUCCCGACCAACGUGACCCUGCAACGAUUCCUGGAAUUGCACAUCGAGAUCACCGGGGAGCUACCGGACCCGACCAGCGGUCAGACGAUGGAACGCUGCGGCGUCUGUUCGGAGAAGAGCUACUGCUCCCUGUGCGUCCACUGCGAGAAAAAGUGCUGCCCCGAGUGCAAGGACGCUCACAUGGACAUCCUCAGGCGUGAGAUCACGCGCAUCAAUUCCCAGAUACGGAGGGGGUUGCACAGGUUGCAGGACGCGCUCGCUCUGGUGGAGAAAAACACAUUGGGACUGCAAACAAACUGCGCCUCGGUGGCGGAAGAGGUGGACGAGAUUUAUCGGAGGCUAAGCAAGGCUUUGAAAGACCGUACGGAACAUCUGCGUAACGAGGUCGAUCGAUACCUGAGCACCGAGCUCAGAGGCUUGAUUCAGCUCAAAGAGAAUCUCGAAUUGGAAAUUGCGAAUAUCCAGAGCAACUGCGAUCUGGCGGAGGCUCACAUCAAUGAGAACGUGCCGUGGGACGAUUCCGAGCUCCUCGACACGAAAGAACUGUUCCUGCGUACGGUGGAAUUCAUCAGGAACUUCGAGUACGAGGCCGGGGAUUACAGUCGGCGAGUGCGUUUCGUGAUGGCACACGACCCGAACCAGCUGGUCCUCCAUGUAGCUGGUUACGGCGAGCUGAACAUUAAGCCAGAGACCGGAAGCGGAGGGUUGUUGGGCAGCUCGAGCAGCCUGGCACCUCCUGGAGGAUCACCGGGCCUCAUGAGAAGCAAGAGCGACCAUCGUCUGGCAUCGCAGUACCGACAGCAAGAGGAAGAGCGACUGGCGAGAAAUCGAUACGUGCCCGAAUACGAGUAUGACGCGCCAGAAUACGAAGUGCCGAGGAACAAAUCGAGGUACAGAAGCCGAUUCAUGCGGCACCGAGACGGCGACGACUCGGAUGGCGACUCGAGGUCGACCGUGCGAUUCACGUCGACACCGCAGGAGACCUCGGGGCUUCGUGAACGUGUUCUGGACACAGAAGACGCGGCACGCGGACCGCUCUCCGGCAUUUUUCGGCUGACGGACUCGCCGCGCGUCAUGAAGAAGCUUCAAGAGUACGAGAGGGCCGGGAAAAGGAAGAAGGAGGAACCGGCGUCGCAUCCUGCUCAACAACCUCAACCGAAACCUCAGGUGCAAGUGAGAAAAGUGCCGACAGCGAUGGCGAGGCAAACCAGCGAGGACGACGAGAUUUCCAGGAUUAAAAAGCAGAACAAAACGGCGGCCGCACCUGCGACCGAAACGAUGGAGGAACGACAACCGGCACCGACACCUGCACCUGCUCAUCCACCCCCGAGGGAGGCGCCCGCCGAACGAGAACCGGAAGAACCCGCGCGAAGACCGAUGCCGGCCAGGAGAACUUCGACGGAUACCCACACUCCUGCGACGAGAAGCGCUUCAUCAGACUCGAGCACCGGCUCGGAGAGCUCCGGAGGAUCGGGAAUCCGCAGCACCGGCGCGCCAUUCACCGCCGAGGAAAUGAAGCAGAAAUACUUGUCGAGGGCACCGGCGUCGAACGCAACAUCCACCGUCUCGUCGCCGCACAGCGGCACGCCACCGACCCCCAAGGACACCAAUGCUAACGCCAACGCCAACACCAACACCAACGCUCCCUCGUCGCGAUCAUUUCAGAGCCGUUUUUUAAGCGCAGGUAACCGUGCAGCUCCGCCACCGCCCGCGCAACCGCCUCCGGCGGCGCGAGACGAGGCGACCGUGAAGAAGAAGGAGGAAGAGGAGGACGAGGACGAGGAGACGAGCAGCUCCUCCGAGGAGACGGAGUCCGAGACCGAGGAAGAGUCGGAAACCGACGCUCACCCGUCGACCACGACCACGACGUCGACGACGCCAGCGUCGAACACUGUCCAAGAUCGUCAAAGGAACGAAUCGGCGAUGGCCAGAACUGACAUCGGGCCGCUGCUUGCUCGAAGCGCGGAGGCCAGACGCGGCAGCAAGGAGGACUCGCCGACCACCAGGCAAGUAUACCUAACUGCGGAACUUCUAAUUCGAGGAUUUCUAUUAACAACGUAUUCGUCGCCCAGAGGAAGUCCCGCGCAUUCGGUGACAAGCCCGACGACAACGACGACGACGACGACGACAACAACGAGUGGCGUCGCGACGACACCGGCCGGCUACACCAGCAGGUUCGUAGCACACGUAGAUCACGGUCAGAAUCAUCAUCAGGCCAAUUCUGAUUCCAAUAACCCCCACGACCGUAAUCGUUUUAGGACGUUUAGUGACGAACACGAUGAACCGUCAACCGUCGAUCGUGUCGAGGUGGACGGGCUCGCGGCUACGAACGCGGAUUACGAUACUGACGGAUCGAUGGUUGUUGUUAAACCGCAGUCGAACAACGAACGGACCCACGUACCGGACGAUAGUACGGACACCGACGAGACCGUCACCUCAUCCUCCUCCUCCUCCGCGGCCAGAUCCAAAAGUCUCGAAGGUAGCGGUAACGAUAGAGAUAGUCGGAUAGAGAACCGCAGCGUGGUCAACGAAGACGCGUUAGUGGAAGGUCGUUCGGGGAACGACGUGAACUCUUCGUUAUCCGCUCGGAUCGAGCGACUGGUGUCGCUUGCUCGGCCGUUUGCUGCCCCACAUAGCGGAUAUCAGCCGGAUCACGGGAUCGCGAGUUUCGACGAAUCUCUGGGAAUCUCGCGACGAACAGCCAUCAAGAGGGCCGAGUGCGCGAACGGGCCCAGCGAUCGUUUCGAAGAGAACGUGCAAUCGAAUUCGGAGAGCGAAUCCGGGAGCACUACCGACAACAGUUCGGAAACGGACGAGAAAGAGGAAUCCAUAGACGAGAAUAGCAACGUAAAGAAUAAAAAGACUGAAAGUCCAGAUCGAGGUCGUACUCCAUCGCCAGAGCGAAGUGCGCCACGCGAGGACGAUUCCAGCGAGGACCAGUCGACGACCAGUUCCGAGACCGAUCACGACCGGAUCACCGUGUCAAACGUACCGUCCAACUCUCAUUCCGAAGACAGUCACACGCUUCUGGAGCGAUACGACGACAGAAGCGCCAAGCGGCGAAGUUCCUCCAUACUCGAGGAGAAAAGUAUCGAGGAGCUGUUCGACGACAACGGAUGGGUGAUUACCGAUCAGGAUCUGCAGACAGAGAACCCUCGGAGAAUCUCAAAAAGUUUCGAGUCGAUCGAUCCCGACGACGACUCUCUCGGUUUAAAGAUCGAGGAGAAGACUGACGACGACAACGACGACGACGAGUCGUCUGACAAACUUCGAGGCAACGACGAGACGACGACCGACAAAGUGGAUGUUCCACGGGACCACGGAACAACCAAAAAUGGAAAAGCAUCGAACACGUCGGAGUCGUCCGAAAGUCUGUCGAGAAGUCGUGUGUACAGACAAAGCAGCAUCGGCAAGAACGGUUGGCUCGUGUCCGACGAGUCCGAGACCGAGUCCGACAGGGCCGUUUCGCCAGUGGUGGGAAUCCCCAACGGAGAGACGGAGAAUUGGAGGAAUCCAGUGAGUAUGGAGAACGAGCGAGUGAGUCGCGACGGUCCGUCGACGCCAGUGUCGACGAACGAGAAAGAAAGUGGCAGAGACUCGAUGGUGGUGCCGGAUAAUAACCCGGAAGAGAACGGGUGGGUGAUCUUGAACAAGGUGAACGACUCGUCUUCCGGGAAAGACGUUGAGGGCGCGAGCACGAACGAGACGAGCACGAUUCGUUCCCAAACGACCGACCUCGUACGGAGAGCUAACGUUGAGAACGGCGCGUUAAUCGCGAACGCUGCCCAAUCGAAAGAGAGCGAAAGUCGCAACGAGGACGCGCCUGGUGUCGAUAUCGCUAUACCGAUGCAAAUGGUAACCACCGUUUUCUGUGUGUCCGUACUGUGUUACAGCGUUCUAAUCAAUCUGUUCCUAAAGAACGAUCUGAACGAGCCAACCUUCGUUCGACGAUGUUGCAGGUUUCUGAACAAGAGCAGGAGCCAAGCGGCGAUGAUGGCAAGCCGGGAACGAGAACGGGAACGAGAACGGGAACGAGAACGGGAGCGGGAACGGGAACGGGAGCGGGAACGGGAACGGGAACGGGAGCGGGAGCGGGAACGGGAAAGGGAACGAGAACGCGAACGAGAACGAGAACGAGAACGCGAAAGAGAAAGAGAACGGGAGAGAGAGCGCGAACGAGACGCGGACACGGAGGUCGACUCGCCACUGUCGGCGAGGUCGCGGUACGCCGCGUUGAAAGAAAGAAGACAACGGCUGGCGCGGUCCAGAAGCUCGCACAAUUUCGGCGGAGAUGACCUCGACCUCGACGAGGAGCCACCCUCCCCGACCACCCAGUCGCCGAACGCUUACUUGGCAGCCAAGUACGGAGCCGGCUCUGAACUGGCCAGAAGCCGGAGUACACACGCCCUGAAGUCGAGAGAGCCGAGCCCGGAGCGCGACAGGGUUGGCACGGAGAAGGAUGGAGCUGCUUUGAGCUCGUGGGCACGUUACCUGAAGAACAAGUACGGCAAUCGCACCACCAAAGACAAGGAGCCCUCGACCUCUGCCUCGACGAUUCCAUCGUCGUCCAGCGGGAGCGCAACCUCGAGGAGAUUAUCGCUGGGCUUGCCUUUGAGGCACGGCGGACAAACGUCCUUCGAAUCUUCCGACGACGAUCAAAAAAACCCGUCAGGCUCCCCCACGUCCCCUACAGCAGCUCUCGGUAUACCCGCGGCAGCAGGUUCCUCCACUAGUAAUGGCCGGAGGAGUCACUACUUGCUGAAGCGGCGACAGCUGUACAAGUUCGGGAUGCGGGGGAGCGAAGCCGGAUGCUUUACGUGGCCGAGAGGCCUCGCGGUUGGUCCUGACAAUUCCAUCGUCGUGGCCGACAGCUCCAAUCAUCGUGUUCAAUUUCCCUCACACGGCAAACAAAUUUCCGCCACAUUCGCGAAGGAGACAACUUGUAGAAAACAAAGUUCGUUCGUCCGUGAAAACUCUGGUGAAACACACUCGCUCGCGCGAGUGCCAUUUCUAAAGUACAUUAUCCUCCGGAAUAAGCGAGACUCGAAGGACGAACGAAUUCAUUACGCACGAAUUACUAUGUAG